UGAUUCCUGCUUUUUUCGGUAAUUUCUCCAGAGCAGAUUAAAAGAUGAUAGCUUUAGUAAAUAUUAUCGGUAAAUAAUUGGAGAGAAGGAUUGCUAAGAGUGCCGUGAUAAUCAAAAGAGAAAGUAAACAAAGAGAAUCUCUCAUUGUUACAUACGUCGUUUUGAACAUUUUAUACAGAUAUUUAAAUAAUUCGCGAGAUUGUUUAUAGCUUUACAAAUGACAAAUGUGUCCACCUCUACUAAAUAUCUUGAGCUAGCAAGUCCAAAUCAGUAUCACUCAGAUGUAAAAAAAGAACUGGCAUUCCUGAUUUCAUAAAAACUGUUGUUCCAGCCUUAUGGCGUGCGCGUUUUUCUUUUGUGACUCAAUUUGUGGUGAAAAUGGGGAAAACACGGAAAACCAAUUCCCAAAAGUUGAUGUUGAGAAUGGCCAACACUGUGAAUAUGGGAUUUGUGAAAGAAAAUGUUACGGUGAACAAGCCAGAAGAAAAUAAAACAUUGGGUAUGAAGCGUACGAGACAUCCACUGCGAAAGGUAACACGAAAUACAAAAAUAUUAAAGACGACCAUGCAUGAAGAAAUUAAAAACAUUGGUUCUGAUUCGGAAGAAGAAUGCGUCCAGGAGAUCGCUGUGGACAACACUAGACAGGAUUUGGAGAAACAAGAUGAGCUAAUUCAAUUAGCGGACUCCAGUGAAGCUGAAAAAGGUCAAUCGAGUGCAGUGUCCGAUGUAAAUCCUACCGCAGCAAUCAUCGCAAAAUUAUUGGACAAAAUCACGAACCUUGAGGACGAUAACCUGAAGUUGCGGAAUCUAAACAUGAAGCUGCAAACAGCAUUAAUUGACAAACCCGGAGAAGUUUCUUUUAAAGAGAUUCCUGGGUACCCCGAUAGAACGUGGCUUCUAAAAGUGUCGCAAGCUGCGGAGGAUUCUGAUUAUUUAUUCGUAAAAGAGCUGGUGUUCUAUUUGUGGCCGAAUGGUAUAGGCAAUGCCACCGUUUCCGGAAAGAAAUCGAAUAAUCCAAGCGGAAAGCGUAAACCGAGUUUGAAUGAAGCUUCUCAAGUCAAUGAAGCGUGUAAUCCGGAGAAACUGGAUCCAGAAAAGGUUGAGUACAUAAAAGAUCGACUUUUCGAACGCAGAACUUUUUUAAAAGAUUCUCCAGGAACAGCUAUCAAAGUUGCAAGAAAAGUGGCAAAGUUCAUAGCGAUUGUGGUGGCCAACAAUCCAAAUCUUCGGCGGGCUACUUGAUUAUUGAUCUGUUGUUUUCUUAACCUUGAGGUAUUUCGC